AUGGAAGAUAAAGAAUACGUUGAAGUGUCAGUCAAGAUAGCAGAAAAAGAACUGCCUGAUUUGAAGAAAUUUGUUGAAGAGCGUUGCGGAGAGAUUAAAGUAAUGGAAAAUGCGGUGAAUGGUACCAAUGGUACGCAGUGUUGUUUGUUUAUUUCACUCAUGAAUGUUAUGUGUUUUGAGAUGUUUUUAAGCCUCCUCCAUUAUAGUUUAAACUGCAAAAAUUUAGAUUUAGACCUUGUGGAACUGACACUGAAUUUUAGGAGCGAUUUAAGACAAGAAUGGUCUUAACCUUUUCCACACAGGAAAAAGCACGUGUAAUGAAGCGACAGAAGCUACCGAAGCUACAAACGCUCAAACGCAAGUCGUGGAGAUUACAGACGAAGCAGAUCAAGAAGCCGGUGCAGCUAAGAAGAAUACGGAAGAUGUCAUUCUUUUACCGAGGGAAAUCGCUUCAAAAGUUUCGAGAUGGCUCCUCACAAAAGGGGUUUCCCAAACAUUCUUUGCUAAAAGGGUAGUGAAUAGGUCCCAAGGUUCUUUCUCAGACUACAUCACAAAAGCGCCAAACGAGCUGCCAAAAACACAUGGCCGGGCAAUAUGGGUAACCUUGAACGCUUUUCUAAACGACCCCAAACAGCAAGCCGCAUUGAUCGAUGAAUACAAGAAAGGUAAAUAUCUAUUUAUAGUUGUUGUAUUUACAUUCUUUUAUAAUAAAGUGAAAUAUCAUUGCUCGUCACCUUCUUGGUGACAAUAUUUAUAGCAUGACACCUUUACCACCGCUGACGGUUAGGCUCGACCACUGUAAGUCAUUGAAUGACAAAAGGUUAGUAUAGGGUUUCUUGACUAAAUUAAUUUUUUGCUUUAAAUUAUUUUAGUGUCAAAAUCACGGAGGAAAGAAAUUGAUGAAAGUGACAAGCCUCCAAAAAAGGCGGUUAAACGAUACAGCGACCUCGAAUUAUCCACGCUAGAUUCCGUCUUCAAGUCAUCGAACGGAUUGCCUGAAAGAAGCGUACUAGAGCGAACGGCCAAGUUACUAAAACUAGAAGAGCGACAGGUAAGCCUAGAAUAUUUCUUUGCAACAAAUUGGUAAACGAUCAAAUCAAACUGAAAACUUCGAUCAAUUCGUUGCUAAACUUUACAGCUGAGUUGUCGAUUUGACAUCUUUGUUUAGCCUUACCUUUAGGUUUACUUGACAAAACAUUAUUGUCGUCGUCCAAAUACCAUCCAGCUUUUAUUUUGUGUGACUCUUCCUUGCUAUGGCGCUUCACCAGCCACAUCGUUUUAGCGCUAUCUCCAUAGGUUAAAGUCAAGCCACAUGAAUUACAAGUAAUCGAGUUCUUGAAAUCACUGUCGGAUGUCAGGGGCCGAAAAUCACGUUUCUGUAAUUCUUGGUUCACCUGAUGUAUGUCUUUAUGAGGGGCACUGUCGGUAACUUCGAAAAGAUAUAUGCUUAAAAUAAUGCAUGAGAAAAAGGAAAUAUAAUGCGCCAUAGCACCGAUCUGCUUGUACAAGAGACUAAUCUCGACUAAUGCAUGGUUCCACGUGGACACAGUAGGAGUUAAGUUCAUGCGGUAUUCUUGCGCGCGGGCUCGUUGCAAUUACAAAAUGAGUUGCGUUGGUGCUAGGAAUAGACGCUGAAUAGAAAGUAUCCAGGUAGCCUUCAUGGAGAGUUGACCAAACAUUUAUUUACUUAUUUAUUUCAUUUAUAUUUUGUGACUUCCAGGUGAGCGUAUGGUUUAACAAUCAUCGCAGGAAACAAAAGCAGGGAACUUACAAGCCGGGGCAGUAUACGCAGAAUCAGGGGGGAAGCAGUGACGAUUCGGGAGCUACUCCACAGUGA